AUGAUGUGUUUAUUUGGCCAAUUACUAAUAGCCUCAACUAGUACGGGUAACAAGCACAGGUUUACUGGGUACGGCAAUGCAAAUAAGUAUGCAAGUAGUACUAUCGUUAAAAAAAAUCAGUUGCCGCGAUGAACUUCGACAUGCACAGACUCGCAGUUGCCAAGAAUCGCACCGCAGACAUGGUUGAAGGGCGGUCACGUGAUACGGUCCAAGCCAACGCGUGGUCUUGGCAUUGCACAUUAUCAUCGUCAAGCCCUCGGCGACUGGUCACCUUUGCUAGUGGUAACUAGUAAGUUCCUAACAACCCCCCUCGUCCAGGCCGGAGCCGUCAAACACAGGUUUAACUGUGAUCAUUGACAUGCUCACUAUUCUGUUACUUACACUUUUUUUUCUCUGGUUAUUGGACACUCACUGUGUCUCAGCGGCUGGCCAAAUUCCUCUCACAUCGGUAGCCGCGUCCUUCUCGUUAACCACAAGUACCGUGAUACCUUUUCCUUCCGCUACUCAAAGCGCAUCCGAUGCAUCGUCGUUCAUUACAUCCCAAUGGUCAUUAAGCAAAGGACACAUUCAGAACGGUGGUAGCAACGUUGCCUUCGUGGACGAUCCCUUCCCCAACUCACCGGCUCCUGGUGCGACCGUUACAGAUUCUGGUGCUCAAUGGUACUCGCUUUGGAAUACAACAGAUGGAUCUCAAUUUCAGAGCAUGUUGCUCUCCUACGAGCUUGCAUUUGAUUCCAAUUUCAACUGGGUCCAAGGGGGAAAACUUCCUGGGCUUAGAGGCGGUCCCGAUGUCAAUAAUUGCUCUGGCGGAGCGGAACCGAAUGGCACUAAUUGUUUCAGCACCAGGCUCAUGUGGCGAAAAUAUGCGCAAGGGGAAGUUUAUGGAUACAUGUUGACUCCUAACAACAUGUGUUCAGAUAGCAACUUCAUUUGCAACUCUGAUUACGGAGUAAGCAUCGACCGAGGAUCAUUUGGCUUCGAAACUGGACACUGGAGCCGUAUCACAAUUCUUGUCCAACUGAACAAUGAUUCUCCCAUUGCGAAUGGCAACAUUGUUUUAUACUUUAAUGACGUUCAAGCGCUAUCACAACAAAACUUAUACUUCAGGACAGUCAACGAUUUCGCCAUUGGGGGAUUGUACUUCUCGUAAGGGACGACUCCAGCUGGGCAACACCCCAAACGGUUCAUACUUAUUAUCGCAAUAUACAGAUGUGGGGCAGUUCCUCUCCAUCUUUACUUUCUGGACAAACAGUCAAUGCUGCACUAUCCUCACGUUGCAGGUUUGGAAGCAUGGGAUGGACGUUGUCUACAUCUGUUCUUCUCACUCUUUUCAUUUAUCUAUAAUGUGGACAUUUGCCUGCACGGACAUUCGUACAUCACCUCAGUUGUAUUAUCCCAUUUCUGUCGUAUUAUCUCGCUGUUACGUGCAUUUGGAGCAUCAAAGGACAAGUUACCAACAUAUCACACCAACGAGGUAAACCCUGCA